AUGAUAAUUAUUUUAAUUUUCGUCUUAUUAUUAUGGAUACUAUUAAAAUAUUCAAUUAAAAUUGGUGUCAGUGAUGAAUCACAAUGUAUAUGUAAUGAAUUAAUAUCGUCAACCAUAAGUAAACAAUUACCAUUAGCUGCUCUACUAUUAGCAUCAUCAAUAAAUGAUUUAGUUAAUUUAUCAUCAAAAAUCAUUUUAUUUGAUACACUUAAUCAAUUAUUAAUAGCAUCCGGUGAACAUUUAUGGUUUCAUAAUUAUUCACAAUUACAUCAAGUAAUUGUACAAGGUGUUGCCAGCCCUGAGACUCGUAGGAAAUUCAAUACAGCGCACGAAUCACGGAAAAUCAAGGUCUCGCUUGACUCUCAUUUUGAAGAGAACACCUCGGGCCAUCAGCGUACAAUUUGUGUUAAAAGAACAAAUGUUGAACCUGAUGAAAAUAAUCCGGUGAAUGGUAGAAGUCAAUAUCUUGGUCAACAGCUUGCCAUUAAACUAGCUUGGGCAGCAACAGUUGAUAAAAUUCAAGGUGCAACUGUUAAAGAAUUAGUUUGUUGCACAGAAACAUUGUUCGGAUCAGGACGUGGUUAUAUACAGCUCUCAAGAAUUUCACCAGCCAGUGAUGAUGAUAUAAAAUUAAUUCUGAUUGAUGUCUUUGAAGAGAAAUUUUAUUGUGAUGAACAGAUCGCAAGAAAAUUAGAAAGGAUAAAAAGAUUUGUGCCACUACCAAAAUUAAUAGUCGAUGAAAAUGCUGUUUGA